UUUUUUUGCAUUAAUUUACUAUUUAAAUUUUGCACAAGCUCAACAGAAGCAUCCACAAGUAAGCCAAUAAACGAAGAUGUCAGGUUUUUUUUAUGAGGUAGGUUUAAAAUAGCAAUGAAAUGCUCAACCAGACCCAACUUCCUGAACACCCGCCUCCUGAGAGUGCUGCUGGGAUCGUCGCCCUGAUCGCCAGUCAGACAGACAGAGAUGAGUUCUGUGCAGGAGGUAAACCCAAGGGUCCGGGGGAUCAGAGACCCAGUGAACCUGCAGAAUCUGGCUGCACAGAUCUCACAGCAGAUUGCACAGGGUGAGCAGAAAGCUUUUACAAAGGUGAUUGAUCUUAGCUCCUGUGAUCCCCACCGGACAGGGAUGCCACCCAUCUCAUUUGUUCGCCAGGUCUUAUCUCUGUGUUGUUACCCGGAGCUCCUCAAAGAAGACAGCUUUCCUCUGGAUGUCAAACAGAAGACACAGAAGCUUCUGGAAGCCUGUAAUGGAGGCAGCAUUGGUGAGAACAGCAAUCCAGAUGAGAUGAUGAUACGUUUGCUGUCACGUGAGGAUGGACAGGAUGGUGUGUUGGCCCCCCUGCCAUGUCCACACACAUUACCCAUGCUGCUGGAUGAAGUGGGGGUGAAACUGGUGCCCUACAGGCUGACGGAGGAGCGAGGAUGGGCUUUAGACAUGGAAGAGCUGCACCGAGCCCUAAUGACCGCUAGGAGGCAGUGUGAUCCCAGAGCCAUUUACGUCAGUAACCCGGGAAACCCAACAGGUCAUGUUCAAGACAGAGAAACAAUAGAAAAAAUUAUUCAUUUUGCAGCAUCGGAGCGACUUGUUUUGCUAGUUGAAGAGGUUUACCAGGGCAGUGUGUUUGGACAGGACAAAAAAUUUCUCUCAUAUAAAAAGGUCCUGUUUGAGAUGGGAGUUUCCUACUCAGAGACAGUGGAGAUGGUGUCAUUCCACUCAAUAUCGACAGCCACAAUGGGAGAGUGUGGUCUGAGAGGAGGCUAUAUGGAGUUAAUCAACUUGGAUCCGGCGGUGAAAAAGUUUUUAUUCCAUGCUCCAUGCAGUCCUUCCAUUUUACCACAGCUGGCUAUGGAGAUCAUGGUCAAUCCACCUGCACCUGGAGAUGCUUCGUAUGAAAAAUACACACAGGAGAUUCUUCUGAGAGCAGAAACACUCUCCCAGAAUGCAGGACGAGCAUGCAAGCUUCUGAACUCCCUACCAGGGAUGAGCUGCCAGCCGGCGAUGGGAGGAGUCUUCCUUUAUCCUCGUCUGCAUUUACCUGCUGAAAUCAUUGAGGAGGCUAAGAUGUUACGACUGUCAGCAGAUGUUCUGUACUGUCGGAGGUUACUGGAGGAAGAAGGUAUUUGUUUGGGGCCUGGCUGUGAAAACGGACACAAUGAUGAAAACUUUCACAUCAGACUUUGUGUUUUAGCACCUCCUGCUGUCCUGGAGGACGUCCUGACACGUCUUUGUUCUUUUCACCGUCAUCUCCUCAACAGACCUGACUGAUGAAAUCUGAAGGACACCAAGAGAAAAAGAAUCUUUUAAAACUUUCAUCUAAAAAGGUUUCCAAAACUAUGAAACCAUGGAAACCCUGCUAUCAAUAUUUUCAGAUGCACAUAUUAUGAUAAUGAGGUAAUUAUCUCAUAGAAUAAAAUCAGCACUUUUGUCACUGCUGAGGCAUUUGUCUUGGGGAACAAAUAAAAUUGUCCACUAAGAUUUACUUUUAAACAAUAAAUAAACACAACUUCAAUUUUAAA